AUGCGAAGAGGUAAGGAACGUUGGACGCACUUGGAUGACGAGCGCUUAAGCCAGGCGUUACUCGCUGUGUUCGCCAGCCACAGGGAAGUGAUGCUGAGUGAUAAUUGCGCGCUUUGGAAGCGCGUGCAUAAACGUUACCACGAACUCGUAUUGGCGGAGCCGGCAGCUGUGCCAGACAUAACAGUUGCGUUACGCAGCGCUCGGUCGCUUCACACUCGAUGGGCGCGCGGCAUUCGACCUGACAUGAUUUUGUUUGCGUCGCUUGUAGACAAGCUACAAAAGGCUGGCAAGAAGCCCCUCAAGGCUAUAGAGCAGGCUGAAAAGCUUUUUAAAGAAGAGCGUAGUGAAAUUAAUGCGACUAUUAUGCGUCGGUUUGUACGGGACCGUCAGCAACCAAUAAUUACUCCAAGCGACUUGGAGGCAUAUGUGGUUCAUCCCAAACUCAAAUUUGAAUCUUUCCACUUUCGUCACUGCUACGAAAUUUUGCGAUCAAAUCGUCGAUUUUUGGAGGUGUUGCUUGGGCAGGAUGGAGAUCAUAAGGUGGGCACCUUGCACAAGCGGCGUCGAGUUAGUGGCACUAAUGCCACGGAUGAGAUAGAAGACAGCUUUUUAACGUCGAGCGACAAUUCGGACACCUUCGACUUCCAUAAUAACAAAGAACAUAAAGCAAUAAUGCAGGUAACAACUGAGCCCUACCAGACUAAUAAUUUGGAGAGGCCAACUUUGCCCCAUUCAAAGUGGCAGGUUGCUGCCAAUAAUAUAUCGACGCAAGUGAGAACACCAGCAUCUCCCUUAAAUGUGGCAUCGCAUGGGUCCAGCAGUGUUGUCGUUUCUUUUGACGAUAAUGGUGAAUAUUCUCAGAUCUCGCGCCUUGAGUGUGACCGCGAUAUAGCGAAUGAGUUUAUUCGUAUACGUACAAAGAAACUGGAGGAUGAUAGACGCCUUAAGCUUAUCGCGGAGCUACGAGGCGUCGUGGAGACAAUUGCAAAACUCGCGAAGCAGCUCGCUUGGACAGGAGUUGCAUCGACAACAUUGGCAGCAAAGACUGGUUUGAUUUGUUCUGUGCUGGACGAAGAUGUGCUGCGAGAUAUCGCCUUCUUUCGCGCGGAAAAGAAACGAUUGCAGCAGUCUAUUGCUGCCCUUGACAGCGACAUCAUUAGAUCGAGUUGA